CGUGACGCAAAUAUUUCGUCCAAUCAAAUGGAUGAACUGUUUGCCCCGCCUCUAUAGAAGUCUGAUGUUUGUUUCUUCGUCUACUCGUAUUUUUUUAAUUCUAAAGAUGCCACAUCCUUUACUCGGCUUUUUUCUCUGAAGUAUGAGUGAAAAAAUUCAGCGGAGGAAAAGGGACAUUUCGUCGUAACCACCGUGAUUCUGCACAGUUUAUCGGAAGGAUGGAAACUCUGAUCCCCACCAUUAACCGGCUGCAGGAAGUCUUCCUCACAGUGGGCGCAGAGAUCAUACAGCUGCCUCAGAUUGUUGUGGUGGGAUCUCAGAGCAGUGGAAAAAGCUCAGUGUUGGAGAGCCUGGUUGGAAGGGACUUCUUACCUCGGGGAUUGGGAAUUGUCACAAGACGACCGCUGGUGUUGCAGCUCAUCAAUGUCGCCCCCCUAAAGGAGCGACUGAAGCUCGAUAUUGGAAAUGUGGAAACGCAAAAUACUCAGAACAGCUACCCAGGUGUCAAGGCUGAAGAAUGGGGUACAUUCCUCCACUGCAAGAACCAGAUUUUCUCAGAUUUUCAGGAAAUCUGUCGAGAAAUCGAAGCAGAGACUGAACGCACUUCGGGUGACAAUAAGGGAAUCAGUCCUGAGCCCAUAUAUUUGAAGAUCUUCUCUCCAAAAGUCUUAAAUCUUACCCUAGUUGAUUUACCAGGAAUUACCAAGGUUCCUGUCGGGGACCAGCCAGAAGACAUUGAGGCUCAAGUGCAAGAAAUGAUCUUGUCCUUUAUCUCCAAUCCAAACUCCCUCAUCUUAGCAGUGUCUCCUGCCAACUCCGAUUUGGCCACCACUGAUGCACUCAAAUUGGCACGUGAGGUUGAUCCAGAUGGUCGUCGAACACUGCUGGUGGUCAGUAAGCUAGACCUGAUGGAUGCAGGCACUGAUGCGCUGGAGGUCCUUCUGGGUCGCGUCAUCCCAGUCAGGCUCGGCAUCAUUGGUGUAGUUAACAGGAGUCAGCAUGACAUCAACAUUCAGAAGAGCCUGGAGAACUCGCUGAAGGAUGAGCAGGCCUUCCUGCAGCGCCACUAUCCUUCGCUUGCCUCCCGUGCUGGUUCACGCUAUUUGGCCAAGACUUUAAGCAAGCUUUUAAUGCACCACAUUCGGGAAUGUCUUCCGGACCUCAAAACCCGUGUGACCAUGCUGAGUGCACAAUAUCAGGCGAGGCUCAACAGCUAUGGCCAGCCUGUGGAGGACCAGAGUGCCACCCUUCUGCAGAUUGUCACCAAAUUCGCCAGUGAUUACUGCAACACCAUUGAAGGCACAGCCAGACACAUUCAGACCUCAGAGCUAUGUGGCGGCGCUCGGAUGUGUUACAUUUUCCACGAGACUUUUGGUCGCACUCUACAAUCCAUCGACCCCCUGGGGGGACUGACUGAGCUUGAUAUUCUCACUGCCAUCCGCAAUGCCACGGGUCCGAGGCCAGCUCUUUUUGUGCCUGAGGUUUCCUUUGAGCUGCUGGUGAAGCGGCAAAUUAAGCGUCUGGAGGAACCCAGUCUGCGCUGUGUGGAGCUGGUUCACGAGGAGCUGCAGAGGAUCAUCCAGCAUUGCUCCUCUUUCAGCACACAGGAGCUCUUGCGAUUUCCCAAACUGCAUGACUCCAUUGUGGAAGUAGUGACUGGAUUACUGAGGAAGCGUUUGCCGGUUACUAAUGAAAUGGUGCAUAAUUUAGUCGCAAUAGAACUCGCCUACAUCAACACAAAGCACCCAGAUUUCACAGAUGCAGCUCAGGUCUCAGCAUCUGUCAACAGUCAGCAGGCAGAUGCCCUUGAUGGAGGAAAGCGCUGGAAGAAUGAGAUGGUUGGAGAUAAUAAAAUUCCAGUGUCAGGCUUUGGAAGCCCCAGCAAAGGUCGUGCCAUUAACCUCCUCGACACAGCUGUGCCCACAUCACGUAAGCUGACCGAGAGAGAACAGAGGGAUUGUGAAGUCAUCCAGCGCCUCAUCAAGUGCUACUUCCUCAUUGUCCGUAAAAGCAUCCAAGACAGUGUGCCCAAGACAGUGAUGCACUUCCUGGUGAACUAUGUGAAGGAGCAUCUGCAGAGCGAGCUAGUGGGUCAGCUUUACAAACAGCCCCUGCUGCAAGAGCUGCUUAUUGAGUCGCAGGACACGGCACAGCAGCGAACAGAGGUCGCUCAAAUGCUAGAGGCACUUAAAAAAGCCAAUAACAUCAUUUCUGAGAUCCGAGAGACCCAUCUGUGGUAGCCAGAAGACACAAAAUCCUCUUGUCGUGGGACAGCACUGAAAGUAUGAGAGUGGGUGUGUUUACAGCAGUAAAAGUACGGAGUGUGUGGAUGUGUGUGUGAGAGAUUCCAAAUGUGUGGCAGCACCAACCGUUUUCCCAUGGACCAAUGACCGCAGCACAUUGAGAUUGUCAUAACUGGGGGCUGUUGCUUUUUCACUGUGAACACUCGGUGUGGUAAUGGACACUGAUUUAAACCCUCAGGUCAGAAGUGUUAUUUUCUGUCUAAAUGUGAAGGGUAGACAUGAGAGUGAAAAUUAUGCAACACUUUGUGACAUAAUGUCUGCGUGUUGGUAUGUAUGUUGCUUUAAAUGUGAAUUAUAUGUAGAGAGUUUUGACUGGUGAUUCAGGGUUUCUGAAGUGUUUUCUUUGAGGUAGUACUACUGACAGUUACUUACAAGUCAGUACUUGGAUGCUUGCACACAGUUGUUUACUGUGACACACACAAAAAAAUUAUUUCAGCUACUAAUUCAAAAUUGAAUGCAGUUUAGGUAACCUUAAAAGAAAAGUAUGAAGGAAUGCUGAGUAAGUGUUGGUAAACAUUGUAGCUCUCCUUGCUUCCUACAUGGGGUGCUUUAGUGUAGUGCAAAUCUUUAAGCCUGAUAUUGUAAGACUUAAAACUGUAUUCUGUGAUUUAAAAAGCCUGUCCCUUGCAUAUCUGACACCCACUAAGUUUGUACUUUCUACUGGUAAACAUCUCAACUCAGAAAAAUUGUCAACACUUGCAAAAAAGAAAAAAUGUAAAAACACUGUCAGGGGACAAGAAACCUGCUAAUCCACUAAAGUGAGGGACGUAAUUGUGGUUUAUUUUUUGAACAUUUCUUUACUUUACCUUUAAGUUUGUUAUAUAAAGUCUCUCCCCUAAAUUAACAUAGCUGAUGUUUUGCUGCCUGCAGUUGUUAUUUGUGACCACACUCUCCUUUACCAAAUCCAAUAGAAAAAAUGGUGAUUUUAUCUAAGUUGACCAUGUGGACUGCUGCUGCCUCAUUCAGCAAGUUUGUGCCACUGAGGUCCAUCUUAAUGAGGAAUUAUUAAACACUAGAGUUACGAAUUGAAACGUAGAACUGAGCUGAAGGUUCAGCUAUUGAUCAACAACUCCUGUGUGUCUGGACUUUAAAAUGGUGUUGUUUUUCUAUUCAAUUUGGUGCAAGCAGAAAGUUGGUUUUAGAAAAGCAACAACAUAUCCUUCAUUUCUAGUUAAAGGGGCUUUUAACAGAAGGAUAAGCUAUUGAUGACACUUCACCAGGUGAAUCGUUUCUUAAGUGGCAUCUGUUACUACCUCAUACAACCACACUUAAAAAACUCAAAUUUAUUUUGGUUUCCUCUCCAGGGUUUAUUAUUGUAUUAAAAUGUUACUCUAAUGUUCAGUUUGACACUUUCCAUAGGCUUUUAUCUGGGCCCCGUAAGCAGGUGCUCAAAAGUACAUCAGAUGAGUUGAAUUUCAACUUUAAUAUAAUGUUGUGUGUCAGUCCCUGACCAAAGACGGAGAACCACAGCUCAGUCAUUGCUGACUGCAGCACCACACUGCAGUUUCACCAAUGUCGUUGGAUUUAAAGGAGUCACUGGAUGAAUGCUGAUUUACUUCCAGCCUAUGGUGAAAAACUAUACUUUUAUUUUACAGUGUCGUUCACAUAUCAGACUGUCCUUGCACUGAUUUACUGUUUAGGUAUUUAUGAGGAGGCUGACAUACAGUACAUUAGCCUCUGCAUCUAAGACGCGUUUUAGGGAACUACUAUUGUGUCAGUGAAAGAUUAUCAAUAACAUUUUUUUUUAAAUAUAGGAUUGUAUGAAGUAGGAUCCGCUAACUUCUAAUUUACCUCACCCAAAUUCAUUUUCCGCUGGUUUCAACUUUAAGUGGUGCUGCAAACAGAUUGUUCCACAUCACUGAAACUCUACAGACGUACACACCAGACGCUGCCACACAUAAAGAGAUUCAGUAUGCAGCUAUACUCCUGCAUGCAUUAGCUACGUCCUGAAUUAGCUGGAGCCGUUUCAUUGUGUAAUAUAGCUUGAUGUUGAAAAUUAUUCAUCUAUUCCUGCGUGAUAUUCCCAACCCAUGUCAGUGGACAGAUUAAAUGUCAUGAACAAAUGCAAUCUUUUUCUCUUUCAGUCAAAACAAUGUGAUCUCAAAAGGGAAGAAAACAGUGGCUUGCCCUAAUAGAAAUAUCUAACUUCAUGGAACAUCUCAACGAGCCAGAA